AUGAGCUGGCAAGGCUGGGUCGAUCAAACCCUGGUGGGAUCUAAAAAAGUCGACAAAGCCGCUAUCUUCUCAGCAGCAGGCGAUGCUCUACUUGCAACGAGCGCAGGAUUUAAUGUUCAAGUGGCAGAGGUCCAGUAUAUGUUGAGAGGCUUUGAGGAUUCAAUCCCUCUAUACUCUGGUGGGCUCUAUGUCGCAGGGGAAAGACUUAUGGUUACCAAAGCAGAUGAUCAGAGCAUAUAUGCUGAGAAGGGCAAGGAGGGUGUCUGUGUGGUGAAAUCAUCGCAAUCAAUAAUUGUCGCACAUUAUCCUGAAACAGUGCAACCUAGAGAAGCUGCAAGCAUUGUUGGACAGUUGGCAAAGUAUUUAACUAGCAUAGGAUAUUAG